GGAAACAAAGAAGAAGCCGAGCAAAGCAGCGGGGCUAUGCUAUGCUAUGCAAUGCUGUGCUGUGGUGUGCCGUAUUGAGUUGGUGCUGCUGGCAUGGUCGGGGAAUGAAUGAGGCGAGCAGGAGGAAUCUUUCUGUUUUGUGGAGCACGGGGAGAGGGAGAGCGAGAGAGAGAGCCAAGGGAGAGGGAAAGGGGAGGAGUGAGUGAGUGAGUGAGUGAGUGAGUGCGUGGCGUUCGGAUAAUAGUAUCUAGUGGUCGUGCCAUUUCUGGUCGUUGGUAGAGUGGCAUCAGCUUUGUUGGGUCCUGCGGUUCACUCACGAUUUCAAAGGGAGAGGCGAGGUCAGGUCAGGGCGAGGUUUAUCUGUGGUGGUGCGAGCACGACUUCUCGGGGUGGGGAGCAUUAUCUGGUGCCUGCUGCUGCUGCGAGGAGAGAGUGAGAGUGAGAAUUUGGACCUGGGUGGGGAGGGGGUGUGUGUGUGUGUAUAGUGGCUCAGUCACUAACGCGAGGUUGCGUGACCCUGUUCAAGCAACCUCGGAGUGUAGAUCCUCGUUUGUGUGCGAUAGGGUGUUGGGUUUGCAGACGGGAAUCAGUCUGGCGAAAUGGGGAGUGUGUUGGGUUCCGCCUAGAGCUGGGUUUUUGUGGAGAUUCGGCUGAAAUUCUUGGAGCGCAGUAGAAGGGAUUGUAAUUUUGGCUGUUCAGCUGGGACGCCAGGUGAUUGUCGGUUAUCAAUGGCUCGAAUCAUGGGGAGAAAUUUUGUGUAGUCUUCAGGGGAUUUGCGGCGUCAACACUCUCCCGUUCUAGAAACCUGAGUGCAACUGGUUUAGGUGAUGUAAAGCAGGGGACGUUGGCAUUGGAGUGGGGUGCGGUGCUAGUAGUUCUGUGUCGUGAAAUGGCUGCCUCCAUGUGCAGUCAUGCUAUCAAAGCUUUGUCUGUAGACUGUGGAUUGCAACGGCGUGCUGUUUGUGGUAAUCUGUCGAGACAACGGUAUCCGGCUUUGCCACGAAUUAAACCGGGUAUUGGGGCUGCUUAUCGAGGUGGACGUGGUACACGCUUUCCAUGCAACCGCCAGCUGGGUUAUCGUUUCAUAUUGGACCAAGGGAAAUUGAGAAGAGGAUUGCGGAUCUUGUGUUUGAGUGAUUCUUCACAAGAGGAAGCUAGACCAUUAGUGUCAACGGAUGAUGAAGUGCGAUUGGAGGAUACCAAUGGACGAGGGCCUGUCAAGACCAGCGUGAAGCAGAACUCAGGAGAAAUGAAUGGUUCUGGAUCUUAUGGUCGUGCAGGUUCUCAUGAAAGUGUCCCCCCAACUUCUGACGAGGAACCAAAUUUAGUGCUUGAGGUUGCACAUAACGCAACUGAAGUUAUCGCUGAAACGCUUGAGGUGGCAGCUAAGACAGUCUCUACAGUGGGAGAGAUUGAAUCUUCAAUGCCUACUGAGGUUGAUGCUGUUGAGGACCAGGAUGCAGCUGUUCGAACUGUAGUUUUUUGGGUUUCUGCUGCAGUCGUAUUUGGAACAUUUCUCUUCGUCACUCAGGGUAGUAGUAAAGCAUCCGAAUUUUUUGCAGGGUACCUUUUGGAGCAGAGUCUUUCAGUUGAUAAUUUGUUUGUUUUUGUUCUUAUAUUCAACUAUUUCAAAACUCCUGUGAAUUACCAGAGCCGAGUUCUUACGUAUGGAAUAGCUGGAGCUGUUUUCUUCCGGGCUUUUAUGAUAACACUUGGUGCAGCUACACUGCAGAGAUUUGAAGCCAUCAACUUAUUUUUUGCCGCCGUUCUCUUAUUCUCAGCAUAUAAGUUAUUCGGAGACGAGGAUGGUGACGAAGAGGAUCUGUCCAACAAUUUUAUCGUUAAUUUCUGCCAAAAACUUAUACCUGUAACUUCAACGUAUGAUGAAAAUAACUUUUUUACCAUUGAAGACGGUUUUCAAAAGGCGACACCCUUGCUUCUCACUCUUGCUGUCGUGGAGCUGAGCGACAUUGCCUUUGCUGUUGAUUCUAUUCCAGCAGUUUUUGGAGUGACAAGGGAUCCCCUAAUUGUCUUUUCAUCAAAUAUGUUUGCCAUUUUAGGACUCAGGUCAUUAUACACUUUAAUUUCAGGGAGCAUGGCCGAGCUGGAGUACUUGCAGCCAUGUGUAGGUGCUGUUCUGGGCUUCAUCGGAUCUAAGAUGGUCAUUGAAUACUUUGGUUUUCAUAUCUCAACUGAGUUGUCUCUUGGAGUUGUAGCAAUAACUCUGGGUUUGGGAGUAGGGCUGAGCAUUCUAGCACCCAGUAAAGAUGAAGAAGAAGAUGACGAGACCUAAAGAUGUGGGAGUUCAAUUCCUUGUUCAAAAUACUUUUUGAUACAGCUUUAGAGCUGGUACUUGAUCUUUUGCAGCCAGAUUGUCACUCAUUCCUUUUCGAAAACAUGAGACCAGCGGAUUUCAUCAGGUAUCCAGAAGUCUCUGGAAAAAGUCUUUCCAGCACAUGGCUUGCGUUGUUCUUAGUGCCAGAAAAUUUGCGGUUCGUUGGUACUUUAUUGCUGUUCGAGUUAUAAUAGUAGUCAUGAGACAUCCAGACUUUGGAGUUCGAGAAUGGGAGGCAUAACAGGGGAUUUGUCAGACCUUUCCAGCUUCAACACUCUUAAGUAGAGGCACUGAAGUCUCCAGGAUUACGAUCACUUCGGCAUCUUGUGAACUGCUAACACUGUUGUAUCAACUUGAUUGUUGUGAUGAACUUCUCAUGAGCAGUUGUUCGGGACAUUGUUUGGGAGUGUAGGCGAGUGUCGAGAGUCUAAUUUGUAAUGGGUGUCCUGCACUAUUUGUUCACCGAUAAGUCCUAUCAACUGUACUCUAUCAACAAUUGCACAAUUGCAAUGCACCCCAUUAUUUUUA